CACUUUAAUCUUUGAUAAUCUCCGAUAAGAGGUGUCCUUCCGCCUAAUGCUACCUCGUAGGACUUCAGUACUUCGGGUAAGCAGUGGCAUUAGAGAGCCGAAUGUGCACUCUCGGAAUCAACAUCCCAGGUUGACUCCUGUGCGAGUAAAUUAUGUUACCGACAAAUUUUCGACUGCUACACGACAGCCUGUCUCUAGUCAAAUGAGAUACAUCGCUAGGAGAGUAGCGACAAGUACAACUUCCGCUUUUAUCGGUUCUCCCCAGACGGAGGAUAACAAUAGUUUAGUUCAGUUUGAUAAUGAUGAUGUGCCAAAUACUCGAACAUUGACAGCACGAAGUGUGAAGAUUCCUGUAGUGAGAUCGUCAGCUGGAGGACGUUAUCUCCUCCGGAUUCCCAAAAGCGAUACUGACGGAAGCAUAGAGCAUAGAUCAAAUAACAAUCAGCAUCAGUAUUCUUUUCCCUAUGAGAAGAGGCUCGUCAUUCCUACAGUUCCUCCAAGCAUGUCAAUGGGUGGAGAAUAUGCUGAGGAUCAGUAUGAGCUCGUAUAUGAAACUAACAAUGCUUCGCCUCCUGUACGCCUUGUAGAACGAGAUGAUUAUGAUAACGGUCGUAUCUAUAAUGAUGGCAAAAAGCGUUACUUCUGUUCGGAAAUGACAUGUUUUUGGCAUGGUCCUACAAAUGCCUCUUUGCGGCGGCAUAUGAUGGUUACACAUAGUCGUAGUGCACUGAACAAUCCCAGCGUGCGAACUCCUAAUGACCAAUCGAAUCGACGGCAAACGAAGCCCAAGGGGGUGAAGUGUAGCGAAUGUGGACAAAUGGCUUACUCUCGCCCCCUUUUGCUACGGCAUAUGACUCAGGCGCAUGGGAUCGUUGCGCCACUUAUAUACAAAACUUUUUCGGACAGGGAAAGUCUGCAGAAAUGGCUAGAACAGUUGCGAGAUACUCACGCAGUCGAGUUUGUAGUUUCAUCAGGUUCGAAGAAAUGGGGACAAGGUCUUCAGGUACACUACCUCACGUGCUCCCGUAGUGGUGAGCAAAAAGAGCGACCAAAUAAAAAGCAUCGUCGCCCUACACGUCCUUCGAUAAAAUGUGGAAAAAAUUGCAUGGCCUAUCUAAAGAUGAAGCAAAAUCCGACGGUCUCCGAGCUGAAGAUUGAAGCGUGCUUGCAUCAUAGUGGUCAUGAGAUUGACGCAUCAAAAAUACGAUUAGAGCAAAAUGAAUGGUGUCGGGUUAUACAACUAAUCCGAGAGAUUGAUGAAGGUUUGCUGCAGGUUGACAUCAGGCAUAUAAUGCGGAUACGAGAAAUUCUUGGUAAUAAUGGCCGAUUCCGUCUGAUGACUGAUGAAGGACUCUGUGAGCAACUUCCCAAAUGGAUAGCGCAGUAUAUGGAGCAAGAGGAAAUGGAGAAAUCCGCACUUUAUUUGGAACCGGAAGAAGGCGAGAAAGAAGAUCCUUUUAUUAGUGGAUAUGAACCUAGUGUUAGUCCGCUCCUGGAUGAUUUCUCUAACUACGAGUUGGAGACUUCAUUUGUGACCUCGAAUCAACGAACAAAUUACUUGUGAGCAGUUAACAAAACACUUUUGGCUUGUGUAGUAGUAGAUUUCGAGAGUGCUCAGCUGCUGUAACUAUGUCUGCCUCAUGUGAUGCUACCCAUGUUCGACGAUUCAGCCGGAUCUAAGUCGGUUAUAGAUUGUUUAUAGGACAUUGACUUGAC